AACGUGAGCGGGAAAACGGGCGGCGGCGGCGGCCUUCAGCCCGCCUCACACGGACGCCAUGUCGGCCCGCUCGCCCGCCGUCGGCAUCGACCUCGGCACCACCUACUCCUGCGUCGGCGUCUUCCAGCACGGCAGGGUGGAGAUCAUCGCCAACGACCAGGGCAACCGCACCACGCCCAGCUACGUGGCCUUCACCGACACCGAGCGCCUGAUCGGCGAGGCCGCCAAGAACCAGGUGGCCGUCAACCCCACCAACACCGUCUUCGACGCCAAGCGGCUCAUCGGCCGAAAGUUCGACGACCCGACGGUGCAGAGCGACGUCAGACACUGGCCGUUCACCGUGAUCAAUGAUGGAGGGAAACCCAAAGUCCAGGUGGAGUACAAAGGAGAAAAUAAGUCAUUCUUUGCUGAGGAGAUUUCCUCUAUGGUGCUCACAAAAAUGAAGGAGACAGCAGAAGCAUACCUAGGUGGGCCAGUCAGCAAUGCUGUCAUCACAGUACCAGCUUAUUUUAAUGACAGCCAAAGACAAGCCACCAAAGAUGCUGGAACCAUUGCUGCCUUAAAUGUGAUGAGGAUUAUUAAUGAACCAACUGCAGCUGCCAUUGCUUACGGACUAGACAAAGCAGGAUCCGGUGAGCAUAAUGUCCUCAUCUUUGAUCUGGGAGGUGGAACAUUUGACGUUUCAAUUCUUACCAUUGAGGACGGCAUCUUUGAGGUCAAAUCCACUUCUGGAGAUACUCACCUGGGAGGAGAGGAUUUUGACAGUCGGAUGGUGAACCACUUUAUUGAGGAAUUCAAACGGAAAUUUAAGAAGGACAUUUCCCAGAACAAGCGGGCAGUAAGGCGUCUGCGCACUGCUUGUGAGCGUGCCAAAAGGACCCUGUCUUCAAGUACACAAUCCAACAUUGAGAUUGACUCCCUGCACGAAGGUUUAGAUUUCUACACAUCAAUCACCAGGGCUCGGUUUGAAGAAUUGAACAGUGAUCUCUUCAGAGCUACGCUGGAGCCUGUUGAGAAAGCCCUUCGUGAUGCUAAGAUUGACAAAUCACGGAUUCAAGAUGUUGUCCUUGUGGGAGGUUCCACAAGAAUUCCCAAAAUUCAGAAAAUGCUUCAAGACUUUUUUAAUGGGAAGGAGCUAAACAAGAGCAUCAAUCCAGACGAAGCUGUGGCCUAUGGUGCGGCAGUGCAGGCAGCCAUUCUAACAGGCGACAAGUCUGAAAAUGUGCAGGACCUGUUGCUCUUGGAUGUCACUCCCCUGUCUCUUGGUAUUGAGACUGCUGGUGGGAUCAUGACCUCCCUAAUUAAACGAAACACUACCAUCCCCACCAAACAGACACAGAUCUUCACAACUUACUCGGAGAACCAGACCAGCGUCCUUAUUCAAGUCUAUGAAGGUGAAAGAGCAAUGACCAAAGACAACAACCUGCUCGGCAAGUUUGGCCUGUCCAAUAUCCCACCAGCUCCCCGUGGAGUGCCACAGAUAGAGGUAACCUUUGACAUUGAUGCCAAUGGCAUCCUGAAUGUUUCAGCUGUUGACAAGAGCACAGGCCAUGUAAACAAGAUCACCAUUACCAAUGACAAGGGCCGACUGAACAAAGAUGAUAUUGAGCGUAUGGUGCAGGAUGCAGAGCACUACAAGGCAGAGGAUGACUUGAACAGGGAAAGAGUGGCUGCCAAGAACACGCUGGAGUCCUACGCAUAUAACAUGAAGCAGGCCGUGCAGGAUGAAAAGUUUAAAGGUAAAAUCAGCGAGGAGGACGGGAAGGCUAUCCUUGCAAAAUGUCAGGAGGUCCUCAGCUGGCUAGAAAGAAACCAGACCGCAGAGAAAGAGGAGUUGGAUUAUCAGCAGAAAGAGCUGGAGAAGGUCUGCAAACCACUAAUCAAGUUCCUCAGAUGUCCUUGCAGUGGGUUAUCUCCAGGAGCCACCAGUUCCUCGGUGCCCAACAGUGCAACUGGACCUACAAUUGAAGAAGUUGACUGAGUGAAGUGGGUCGGGGCAUUGGAAGAGCUGCUUACUAACUGCUGCUUGUUUUCCACGUGCCUUCAGUGCUAGUGGGGGAAGGAGGGAGGGAACGUUUGACAAUGUAUUAUCAACAACAAGCCAUUCAGAUAAUACAAAAGACUCAACAGCUUCUUUCUCUUGCUGACUGUAGAUUAGUUGCCAGAGCUCAAAUGAAAACCAUCACACCCAUUGUACUUCCUAUUUUAAAAAAAUUGUCACUGGCUACUCUGAACCACAAACAGCACUCGUGAUCUUUAGCGACUUCAUAUGUCGGUAAAGGUUGUGUUGUUGAUUUAAUUCAGAGUAAACAUCUAAAUAACCAAUAAAAAUGGAAAAUCAUUAUUUCCAUUCAUAUUGCAACAGCUAAAUGAAACUUGGCUUCUAUAUAGUUCUUUCCAUUACUAAAGCAGAUAAUAAUGGGGAGGGGAAGCUGUACUCUUUGUAUUGGACCAGCAGGAAUGAUCCAUUCUUUAUUGGGUGGGGGGAGGAAUUGUCGACGUUAUGGGUCAAAAUCCUGCAUCUAGACCUAAUACAGGGGUUUGACCUGAAAUGUCGACUGUCCAUUUCCCUCCUCAGAUGCUGCUCGACCCGUUGAGAUCCUCCAGCAGCUUGUUUGUUGCUCCAGAUUCCAGCAUCUGCAGUCUCUUGUGUCACCAUCCAUUGUUUAUUGGAAGAAGGAAUACAGUUUCUGUAUUCUGGACAGGGAGAGGAGCUACACACCUUUAUUGGGCUCCUGGGGAAAAGGAAACCCUUUGAACAAUCUCUGUCCAUGAAAAAAGCUUUGUGUUUCCUUGUUUGAAGAGGUAAAAAUCUAUAUUGCAGUUGGACAACUCUUCAGUGCUCCUCUGAGACAGAUAAGUUACAGAAACCAAACAUGUCUCUACAACCGUGUGCAUCAGAUUAAAAUAUAACAGCUGCAAAAUAUUGCCUCCAGUUAAAGGAUGUGGUAGUUCUAGGUGAACACAAUAUUUAGACCUGUCUUCAAAUGUCACUAUGUCCCUUAUUUGUUAAAUUGCUCUGUUUGUGCGUGUUUUAAUUCAUUGUAUUUAACCCAGAUGUGAAAUGUUGAAAAAGCAAUUUAUAAGCAUUAAAGACACAGUCCUAUGUG